UUAAGGAUCUAAGAUCAAAUUGGUAUGUCAUUCCUAAAAAAUCAUCCCGAUUUGUGAUUGGAUCAAAAGUCGUUCCGCCAAAGAGGAAAACAAAAGAGUCGGUGAAGUCAGUAGAAGCUGUUGCCCAGGCACUUCCAUAUGGAAUAGGUGAAAUGUUCGUUAGGUCAGUCCAUGGUGGCGAUUCAGUGUCAAAGUCUUUACCCACAUCUAAGUGCGAUAAAUGCCGAAUAAAUUGGAAUCAUCAGGUGCCAGAGAAAAAGCAAUAUAGACAAAGAGCGUACAUUAAAUUUGGUGGUCUUAUAUUAUAUAUUGGAGGAAAGGAGUUUACUGGUUUAACAGUACAAACUGUUGCUUUAAACAAUAUUACCACGUAUGACUUCAAUAACUACACAUGGGGAGCAGUGGCGGCUUCUAGCGAAUCAACUUUUGAAAAUCGCUUCGGACAUUCUUCUGUCAUAACACUAGAUGAUUUAGUUUUUUGUUAUGGCGGGGCAAAAUUAAAUGACACGGCCGUUAGUAAUCAACUCAUUAUAUUGAACGUAACAGCUUCUCCUUACAAGUGGUUUGAACCGACAGUUAGCUGGAAAUCACCACCUGGUCUAUUUUAUCAUUCUGCUGAUUCAGUAGGAGAUUUUAUGAUAAUAGC